CAAUAAGUCGCUGGAUCUGUUCAGCCUGAUUGUCUGACCGAACUGCCUGCGGUUGGUCCAACGCCAUACCAUGAUUCAAACAAGAUGGAAUAUCUCUCAUAUAUUCAGGAUUGAGCCAACUCUCACUUCCUCAUGACCUUUCGUCCUCACCCAUAGCCCCUCCUACUUCCCUGACCAUGGCCGGCCGCGGUAAACCUGCACCUCCACGACGAUCGGUGCGAAGUCAGAAGAAGAACCAGACCACCCUACAGUUCUCCCGUCUCCCCUCGUCCUCACCUGCAAAAGCGAAUUACAGUCAUGCUGUCCAAGAUAGACUGGCCAGUGUAAGAUAUCGUGGUUCAAGGGGGCAAUCUGCCGGAAGCGCUAGUACUGCGGACGAGGAGACUACAACACUUCCUACACCUGAGCCAUCGUCGCAGUGUGAAGUCAUAGGGGACUCAUUGCAACAGCAAGAUGGGCCGAACUCGAUUCCCUCUUCUCCACUCACGCGAUCAAUAGGUGCUCUUCAAGAAGAUGGGUCGGAGGAGGAUGACGAUGUUAUCGUUUCUGCCAAAAAGAGACGGAAAAUAGCUGCAGACACUCCUACCACUGAUAUUCCUAGUUCUCCCCCUCCAAGACGCUCAUCAAGGUUCAAUGCAGCAACCUCGUCUCCGAUACGAGAUGUUGGAGUGAUGAGUUCCCGACUAAGUCGACGGUCUGGAAGAUUAAGUAACAAAUCAUCAUCUCCGCCGUCAACGUUUUUGCGUAUAGAGAAAAGCCAUGGAGGUGAUCUUUCUACACCAACUCGCAGACCCUCGCCUAGGCUAUCGGAUCUUGGCUCUGCUGAGAGCACCGAUGACGAUGAUCUUGUCAUGAUUUCAAAACCAACGCAACGAAGCCGACGAAAGCCAGAUAGAGGGCCAAGCGAUCCAUUCAUUGUGAAUGAUGACCGCCAACGCCCUAAACGACCCGAGCAGAAGACACCGAGGAGGAAAGCAGAUGACUUCAUCGCAGACGACGAUAGUAUCGAGUACGUUUCCUCAGACAAUGAAGCGAGCGAACCUAAACGAAAGUCAACCGUUCCACGGUCUUCUGCCAAACAUAGUUCACGACGAGCGGCUCGCCGACGAGCUCGGGAGGAACAGGAGGAGCUAGAGGAAGAUUUGCAUGACCUACAAGAUUCCGACAACGGCGAAGCCGGUGUCACCACCCGCACACGAGGAGGACCUGUGACAACCGAACGCGACAGAACAAGGGAACAUUUUGACCUUUUGCGACGUCGACGAGCUGGCGAGAAGGUGCCUCGAAUUGUAGAUUCAGACGACGGUGAAGGUGAUGACUCCGGCGAAGUAGUCGACCUCGGGCUCAUUGGACGUCCUACGCGUUAUAUCUCGGAACAAGGAUCGGCGCAUUCGUCUGUUGAUACUGAUCAAGAAUUGAUACCUGAACCAGUCGAUGACGAAGACGACUUCAUAGAGGAUGACUCAACAGGACGCCUGGCCCGACCCCAUCCAGACAUCCCCCUCCAGUUCACGUCAUUCGCAUCCGCAAAGCCACGAGAACUAUUCCCUCACAUCAUCGAAUGGCUUGUCAAGAACAAGAUUGCUCCGGCGUUCUCUCGCGACGAUGAAUUGUACACGUUGGCAUUCUCUCGUGUCGACGCCCAGGUCAAAACCCAAGCAGGUAGUCGUCUCAUAUCUGCUGCCUGGGGCACUGAUUUCAAAAACACCAUUUUGGCCAGACCUACAAUGAAGGUUGUUGCGCUGCCCGGCGCGGAUGAAGACAACAUCCGCACCUGCGACGCAUGUAAUCGGGUCAAUCACCCCGCCCGCUACGAGUUCAAGUUCUCAGGACAGCCAUACUAUCAAAUGACACUAGAGCCCGUCGACAUGUCCUCCUCCGACGAUGAGGAUGACGAGGAACGCGACAACGACGCGACGUACGACGAGCAAGGCCAUUUGCUGCCAUCUGAACAGCGACGCUUCUAUCUCGGAAGAUUCUGCGCCGCGAACGCGGAGAUGGGUCACAAGUUGACGCACUGGAAGUAUCAUCUCAACGAGUCGCUCAUGGCGUACCUCGAGGAACAGGGUGUCUUGUCCGCCGACGCCGUCGUCGCCAGAGACAAGAUGAACAAGAAGCAACGCGAGAAGCAGGCCGAGAGCAUCGUGGACUCGAUGCAGGAAACCGGCGUGAUUGCCGAUCUCUGGGCGGAUUUCGAAAACGACCUCAACGACGCGAGACUCGGGAUGGAAGAUUUUGACAAGAAGGGCGGUCGGUCCAAGGGUCGUGUCGGGGCCAUCAGAUCCCAAGCGAACGGGACGAUUCGAGAGUGGUCCGGUGACAAGUAUCGGGUCACGAGAGUUCUCGAGUCGGAUUCUGAAGGCGAUUAGAGUGACAAACAGGGGGGGGAGGGGCUCGUGAUUGCUGAGAUGGGAACAUUUGGGCUCAUAAAGGAUACUACUGUACAGCAGGGCUUGACUUGACAUGAUUCGAUCGAGGUCGCUUGACGGGCUGGUGGGAGAUGGGGGGGAUUUGCGUGUUUCAUCUUUAAGUUACUAUUUCUCUGCCAGGGAAAGAGGCAGAGAGCGGCGGUUCACUGCCGUCAUGUGCUUGAAGAUGAGCUCUAUUUCUCUAUCUUACUUUCACACCUCGGUACCUAGGUUGCUGUCCCAUAUACCUUGCCAAAUUUCCAAUUUCCCCGAGCGAACCAAGUUGAAAGUACAGCUUAUGCCGUUUCGAACCAAAUCAGGUGAUUAAUAGAGACGAGCAUACAUAGGUAGUAGAGACGAGAAUGUUUAUUU